GGAGGGCCAGUGAGAAUGGCAGAGCCCGGCACCCUGCCUGCUGGCUUUGGAGAAAUCGAAAUGCUGGCCAUGGGGACCAUGCUGCUGGUAGAAGCUCUCUCAGGUCUCAGCCUCAAUAGCCUGACCAUCUUCUCUUUCUGCAAGACCCCGGAGCUACAGACUCCCAGCCACCUACUGAUACUGAACUUGGCUCUUGCAGACAGCGGAAUCAGCCUGAAUGCCCUCUUCGCAGCCAUAUCCAGCCUCCUUCGGCGCUGGCCCUAUGGCUCAGGUGGCUGCCAGGUUCACGGCUUCCAGGGCUUCACGACGGCAUUGGCCAGCAUCUGCGGCAGUGCAGCCAUCGCCUGGGGGCGCUAUCACCACUACUGCACCCGUAGCCCACUGGCAUGGAGCACAGCCAUCUCCCUGGUGCUCUUUGUGUGGCUAUCUUCUGCCUUCUGGGCAGCCUUGCCCCUCUUGGGUUGGGGCCACUAUGACUACGAGCCCCUGGGGACAUGCUGCACCCUGGACUACUCCAAAGGGGACAGAAACUUCACCAGCUUCCUCUUCACCAUGGCCUUCUUCAACUUCCUCAUGCCCCUCUUUAUCACACUCACAUCCUACCAGCUGAUGGAGCAGAAGCUCAGGAGAAGUGGCCACCUCCAGGUCAACACCACUUUGCCUGCCAAGACUCUGCUGCUCGGCUGGGGGCCCUAUGCCCUCCUGCAUCUGUACGCAACCAUCGCAGAUGUGACUUCCAUCUCCCCUAAACUACAGAUGGUGCCUGCCCUCAUUGCCAAAACAGUGCCCACAAUCAAUGCCGUCAACUAUGCCCUGGGCAGCGAGGUGGUAUGCAGAGGGAUCUGGCAGUGCCUCUCACCACAGAGGAGCAAGCAUGACGGAGCCAAGUGAGCCCAUCAGCCUGGGACAAGCCUGAUGUUGGGAGGCUGCCCUAGGAGCCCUGCCUGGAGCCCCGGAGCCAAGCGGUUGUCCACCUUCCCCAGUGGCCCUGUUGGGCCUGACCCUAGACUGGACACAGAAUUCAGAAACACCAGAUUCCAUGAAAGAGAGAAACUGUGGCAAAGUCACUUCUAAAUUUUCUGACCCUUACUGUAAGGAUAGUAAAACAGACUUCACAGGGCUGUUGUGAAGUUUGAACAUGUACUCCCUAAGCACAUAGAAAACACUCAUUAAAACAGCCAUUAGUGGCUUGGCACCUGUAGCUCAGCAGCUAGGGCACCAGCCACAUACACCGGAGCUGGCGGGUUCGAAUCCAGCCUGGGCCUGCCAAAUAACAAUGAUGGCUGCAACCAAAAAAUAGCCAGGCAUUGUGACGGGUCCCAGCUACUUGGGAGGCUGAGACAAAAGAAUCUCUUAAGCCCAAGAGUUUGAGGUUGCUGUGAGCUGUGAUGCCACAGCACUCUACCAAGGGCAACAUAGUGAGACUCUGUCUCAAAAAAAAAAAAAAAGAAAAAGAAACAGCCAUUAGUUAAGACUCAGUCUCCCAUAGGAAGGGUUCAAAGCCCCAAGGUUCACCUGUGGGAGCUCUACCUAGGCUGCCAGCAUUCAAACAUCACUUAUUAAAUCAUCAUCUGGUGCAGC